ACGGCCGUUGCUGCUUGGAAUAGCAAGCUAGUGAGCUAACUAGUUAGCCUCUCCAAGUUAUGUAUGUUUGUUAAAGAAAGUGUUUCAAACGGAUUGGGGGAGAAGGACAAAGAAGACAAAACUUACUACUUCCAGACGGAAUGGGAGGAGAACCUUUUUUUCAGCCAUGGCAUGUCGGCUCUGCUGGCUUAGUAGCUCGUCUCCAUGCAAUGUGAAAACUGUGAGAGGAGCGAGAGGUCACCAAGAUGAGCUUCAGCAUCGAGGAGAGAGGUCGACCCAACACCAGCGACUACAGAGUCUUCUUUAGGAACUCUGACGGCCGAUACAUCUCUCCUUUCCACGACAUACCCAUCUAUGCAAAUGAAGCCCAGAAUAUCUUUCACGCCGUCGUGGAAGUGCCCAGAUGGACAAAUGCAAAGAUGGAGAUCGCCACCAAAGACGCUCUCAAUCCACUUAAACAGGACGUGAAGAAGGGCAAUCUCCGCUAUGUGGCUAACGUGUUCCCCCACAAAGGUUACAUCUGGAACUAUGGUGCCAUCCCGCAGACAUGGGAGGAUCCUCACCACAAGGACGCCGAUACGGGCUGCUGCGGCGACAACGACCCCAUCGAUAUUUGCGACAUCGGAAACAAGGUGUGCUUCCGAGGGGAGGUGAUCAAAGUCAAGGUGCUAGGCACGCUGGCGCUGAUUGACGAGGGGGAAACCGACUGGAAGGUCAUUGUGAUCAAUACGGACGACCCCGAGGCGGACGACUUUAACAAUAUCGAUGACGUCAGACGAAUGAAGCCCGGCUACCUGGAGGCGACGCUAGAUUGGUUCAAACGCUACAAAGUCCCAGACGGCAAAGCUGAGAACCAGUUUGCAUUUAACGGAGAGUUCAAGGACAGGGACUUUGCCAUAGAAACAGUGAAGAGUACCCACGAGUUCUGGAAAGCUCUUGUGUCCCAAAAGGCUGACACUGGCGACUUAAACUGCAUGAACACGAGCAUCGCAGACAGUCCGUUUUGCUCAUCCGCCGAAGAUGCCGCCGCUGUUGUUGAGUCGGCGUGUGCCUUCGGAGCUGAAGAUCCCAUUCCUAGUUCAGUUGACAAAUGGUUCUACUAUGAAAAAUAAGGACAUUUUGGAUGGAAAUCAAUACAUUCUUUGUUAUUCCUUCACUUGACUUCUCUACCACUUAUCAACAAUGCGUGAUGUAUUCGAUUCCUAUUAACAUGUGUUUUUCUGCACCUAUUUUCAUGCUUGUCACCACAAACAAAGCUAAGUCACAUAUGAAUAUUCCGAGUUAAUUGUGAGUUAAAAUGGAAUUCCAUAUCUUACAUUUUAUACACAAAGUGAAAUGCGUCAUAAAAAUAAUGUAACAACAGCGUUUGUCGUCAUUGAUUAAUAAAUGGUUCGUUGUACUUUA